AUGAAAAUUCUAUUAUAUAUUGCAAUAAUUUUAUCUUUUUUUAGUUUAAUUACUAUUUCAAGUGAAUGUAAAAUAGCUGUACUUUUAUCAGGAUCCCCAAAUGAUCUUGGAUAUAAUUAUUUAAUGAAUGAAGCAAGAGUUAAAGCCGAGAGUGAAUUAAAAUUAGAUUUUUCAAUAUAUUACGAAAAUUUAGAAGAGUCAAUGGAGGAAGCUGAAAAAGCAUUUCAAGAUGCACUUCAUAAAGGUGCAAAUUUAAUAGUUGUUGGAUCAUUUGUUCAUGUUGGGUUGGGUUUAAAAUAUGCUGCACUUACAAAAGAUCAAGAUAUUUAUUGGAUUAUCCGUGGUAACAAAAGACCAAAUCCAGAUCUUCCUCAUGUUGUAAUUUUAAAUUUUAAUUCUUUUGAAUUACACUAUUUACUUGGUUAUUUCUCAGGAUUAAUGACUAAAACCGGUAUAGUUGGUUUUGUUGCACCAGGUCCAGAUGUUAAUACAAUUUCAACUGAUAAUAGCUUUUAUUUAGGGGCAAAGUAUGCACGUCCAAAUAUUACCUUUUUGAAUGUUUAUGUUCAAUCCUGGUAUAAUCCAAACGUUUCAUAUAGUGCAGCAAAAAUGUUAAUUAAAAAUGGAGCAGAUUUAAUUGGUAUGUCACAAGAUGAUAUGUCAUGUCAAAAAGCAAUGAUGGAUAGUGGAUUAAUUGGAAUUGGUGCAACUGGAUAUCCAACACAUCUUUUAUUUGGUGGAAAUGUUGGUGUUUCUUAUAUUACCAAUUGGACCAACCUUUAUGUGAAGUAUGCUCAACAUGUUUUAAAUGAUGAUUGGCCAGAUUAUAGUUCUUACUUUACCAAUUUAUCAAGAGAAGAUUCAAUUUUCAUUGAUGAUUAUAGUUAUAAAGUACCAAUUGAUAUUCAAAAUUUGGUUAAUGAUGAAAUCCAAAGGUUAAAGAAUACAUCAUAUAUUCCAUACCGUUCAGAUCCUUAUUUGGCUCAAUUGGGUAUUCCAUUCGAUAGUAAAGGUCUAUUGGUUGAAGAUCAAUUUAGAGCAAAUAAAAAGCUAUUAAAAGGUGAUAGUAUUUCAAAAGUUAUUGAUUUUGGUCAAUAUUCAAUACCGAUUGAAUUUAUUGAUUAUCCAAAUUCAUUAAAAUAUGGUGUAACAAUUGUAUCUGGUGUUUGUAUUUUUAUAUGUUUAGUUUGUAUGACAUUGGUAGUUGUAUUUAAAAAGGCAAGAGUUAUUAAAUCGUCAAGUCCAGCAUUUUUAUUAUUAAUUUUAUUGGGAUGUUGUAUUAUAUUUGCUGCAUGUAUAUUAUUUGCACAAUCACCAACCAAUCAAACAUGUUCAGCUAGAAUUUGGUUAUUAAGUUUAGGUUAUACAUUGUUUUUGGGUAAUUUGUUAGUAAAGAAUUGGAGAAUUUGGUUAUUAUUUGAUAAUCCAAAAUUAAAGAAACGUGCAAUUACCAAUUGGAAAUUAUAUCCAUGGGUAUUUGCUAUAUUGGCAAUCGAUGUAAUGAUAUUGGCUAUUUGGCAAGGUUUGGGUAAUAUCAAUGCUGAGUCUAGAAUUGGCUAUGAUUCAUUAACUCAAUAUCAAUAUAAAAAUGUUUGUUCAAGUGAUGAUCAAGGUUCAAUUGCUUUAUAUCUUUUAUUGGUAUUUCAUGGUUUGGUUUUAUUGGUUGCAUGUUUUAUUUCUUUUAAAAUUAAAGUUGUAGAUAUUGAAGAAUUUAAUGAAUCAAAACCAAUUACAACCAGUGUUUACAUUAUAACAUUUUGUUUAUUCAUUGUUAUACCAUUAAUGGUUUCACCACAAUCAUUAACUAGUCAAACUACAAUCAUUUGUGUUUGUGCUAUCGUUACAACUUUAAUUAGUAUGUUGUUAUUAUUUGGUAGUAAAUUCUAUAAAAUGGCAACUCAAGGCUUAGCAAUUAAUGAAACUUUUGCAACUAGUACAAAAUCAUCAAGUAAAUCUUCAAAAUCAAGUUAUGGUAAAGAUAAUCCAAAUCCAAAUGCUAUCAAUUUCGGUGAAGAUGAUACAUCUGAUGAAACUUCUGAAGAAAAGCAUAAAUCUCCAAAACAAAAAUCUGUAAAUUUUAGUAAUAAAUCAAAUUCUCAUUUAGCAGUUUUUACAAGUGAUGAAGAAACAAGUAAAACAAGUAAAUUAAGCAUUGAUUUUGAAAAUUCAAGUAAAGAUAUUAGUAUUGAUCAAUUACAACAACAAAAACAACAACCAAUUAACACAAAUGGGGAUUUAGAAAAUAAAUCAAAUGAUAAAAUAGAUGAUGAUAAUGAUAAUUCAAGUGUUUUAUCUAAAAGAAUAUCAAAUCAACAAAAUGGUGAAACAGAAAUUGAUUCCAAUAAUGUUUAA